CGGGGGUGCUACGGGUGCCGCGAGGGAACGAGCGCUCAUCCUCUCUCUGCACCGCGAGACGCGGUUGUGGCUCCCCCAGUAGCGCUGCAUCGUCUGUGACGACUGCGUCGGACCCGUGCUUUCUGCGUUCCUCCCGCUUCCUAAAGGAGUACGCAUCCCUUCGCCCCACGCCUGGGAGGAGUGUGAACUUUUUGCUGGGGACCCAUAAAGACGGACAAGUUUGAAAAUGGACCAGCAAGAGCCAGCGGAGCCUUCUCCGAAUUCCAAACAGGCUGUUAUUUCAGAGGAGUUAAUUUCAGAAGGAAAAUGGGUCAAGCUUGAAAAAACAACUUACAGGGAUCCUACUGGAAAAACAAGAACUUGGGAAACUGUGAAGCGUACAACCAGGAAAGGACAGUCGGCUGAUGGCGUGUCCAUCAUCCCCGUCUUGCAGAGGACCCUGCACUACGAGUGUGUCGUGCUGGUCAAGCAGUUCCGGCCGCCCAUGGGAGGCUACUGCCUGGAGUUCCCCGCCGGUCUCAUUGAUGAGAACGAAAGCCCCGAAGCAGCUGCUCUGCGGGAGCUCGAGGAAGAGACUGGCUACAAGGGAGAUGUCGCCGAAUGUUCUCCAGCUGUGUGUAUGGACCCGGGGCUGUCCAACUGUACCACGCACAUCGUGACCGUCAUGAUCAACGGGGACGACGCUGAGAACGUGAGGCCCAAGCCAAAGCCAGGAGAUGGAGAAUUCGUGGAAGUAAUUUCCUUACCAAAGAAUGACCUGCUGAGCAGACUUCAUGCUCUGGUAGCCGACGAACACCUGACCGUGGAUGCCCGAGUCUACUCGUACGCGCUGGCCCUGAAACACGCAAACACGAAGCCGUUUGAAGUGCCCUUCCUCAAGUUUUAAGGCCGAAGGACGGUGGGCAUGUUUUGGUAAACAGAACCACCAGGCCUUUUUCACUGAGACUUUGUAUUCAGCUUACUUCUAAUGGAGAUUUGAAAUCAGCUUUUCAUAAAAUAAAAGCAACACAAAAUGCA